GCCCGAUGUCUUAGCUAGACAUCGUCACAUCCAUCUGAACUGUCUGGCCGAAAACACCUAUUCGAUCUUUUUGCUCUAUCGUCCCUUUUCUUUCUUCUUUCUUUCUUCAUUCAUUCAUUGAGUUCUCGUAAUCUGCUGUUCGCAAUUGGGAUUGAUUAAUGGUUGCUCGCUCGUCCAGUUCAACAUCCAGGUUACUGGAUAAUUCUUCUCGUGGUAGGUGUUGCGGGCUGAAGCAGCCAUGGUAUCGCAAGUAGCAGUGGUUCCAAGGAGUUUGGAAUCUUUACCUGCGAGACCGCCAACGCCGCCGCGAGAGAAGAGGCAAGACGUUGCCUCAUCAUCGAAUCAAGUUCUCUCCAGUCAACCCGUCGAUACCAGGCUAAACCUGCAUACACCUCCAAAUUACUCCCCCGAUACUGGUGAUAAUUCCAACGUCAGUUCCCGAAGAUCGAGAAAGAAGGUCGGGUUCUUGGCGCAAGCCGAGUAUCGCGAAGCUCCGACCUACGCUGGCAAGGAAAAUGUUCGAAAGCAAGCUACUCCAACGUCGGCUAUCUCAUUGGCAAAUUCUGCCAAACCUGUCAAAUCCAUCCUCAAACAAACUUCGAGCCCGAUACUUCGUAACUCGCUAGAGCUCUUGGCUUUCGGCGACGAGGAAACCGGCCGGGUUAACAUCGUCACCAUGUUAGAUUCCACCAUUAAGCAGCUAGCCGGCGCGGACCGCGAUUCCAAGAUCGAUGCGUAUACGAUGCUAGCACGGGCGUUGAAAACGUCCAACAACUUACCCGACCGAGUAGCCCUCCAUGAUAAGAUGAGCUUGUUCAUGCAAUUCAUCCAACGAGAUGUCACCACAAAGGACUCGAACGGAGCUAUCGAUUCGUCUAUGGUGAACCACGCUCUCACUCUUCUCUGCACUUUUUUCCACUUUCCCGCCAUCGCAUCGAUGUUAUCAUCCGACUUCGGCAUCUUUAUCAUCGAUCACUGCAUUAAAUCUUUCGACGACCCAGCCAUACCCAAAGACGUAAUUAGACACCUGAUGCAAGUUGUGGCUUCCCAGGAUUUUCCGGGGAAAGUUAUGACGGCGGAUCGCGUUGGUCGACUCGUGACGGCUCUCCAUAGGAUCGAGGAACAUAUCAAGGGCAAAAGUAUCAUCAUGUCUCGCAUAUUGAUAUACCGAAGACUGGUCAAGCAGGCGAAGAUGCACAUGGUCACGCAUUCGGAUUGGCUCUUAGAUCUGUUUACCGACAUGCUUAGUAGCUUGAAGGAGAUUCGCGCUUCGGCCAUUGCGCUAGGACUAGAAGCUAGUUUCGCAAUCGGGAAAGAAAAGCAGCUAUCCAGAAGGGUUAUGGAAAUACUACAAUUACAGGUCGAGGAGACCCAGUAUAUUGAGUAUUAUAUCGAGAGAUUAAUGAAUAUGGUGAAGGACAAGAUCGAAUCCGCCUCCGUCCCUCAAGUCUGGAGCGUCGUCAUCCUCCUCCUCAGAUGUCCGGUCGACCGAUGGGAGUUCUUCGGGCCUUUUCUCGAGAUCAUUCAACGUUGUUUCAAUAGCGGAGACUAUCACACCAAGCUCGAGGCCAACUUUGCAUGGAAUCGGCUAGUCUACUGCCUACAUUUCAACGAAUCCUCGUUUUCGAAGACUAUCGCAACCAUAUGCCAGCCCUUUCUCAGCCAGCUGAAGCGAAAAGGCGGAAGCAAGCAGGCAGACGAGAUACGGAAAGUGGCGGUCGCUGGCGUCUGCAACCUCUACUACUAUGCCUUCGGGCCGAACCUAAACACGGCACGAAUCGAAAGUUACUGGGACGCGUGCGUCCGACCUUUAAUCCUACAGCUAGCCCCUCUCAAAGUAGACGGCAAGUUCAUAGACAAGGCCGCUCCUAUCCCUCCCGAGAACCUGACUCAGUCCAUAUACAUAUUAACCAGCCUAUUCAACUCCUCCACGGCUCGACUGUGGAAAGAAGAUCGAGUCUCCGACAUUGUGUUGGUCAAGCCGGAGGAGUUGCCCGCGCUGGACCCGAAAUGGGUCAGGCGGAAUGCUCAGAGAGUGUUUGCUGUAGUGGAACCUAUCUUGGAGAGUACGUUUUUGGAUCUCUCGAAACCGGCGUCGCCUGCCUGUCAGCUUUGGCGAACUCUUGUCGGCGCUGUGGCGACUGCCGCAUCCAAGGAGGUGAAGGUAUCCUCCGAAACGGCUACCUUCAUGGCACAGUCUUUCAGUACAUUGGCUUUGAUAUGGUCUAAGGGACUUGAUCAACCAGAUGCCGAGCCUGACUCUCAGCAAAGAUUCUUAGACGCGGCACAAACGUAUAUCUCGACGAUGACCGAGUCACUGGGCUUACUACCUUUCACCGAGAAGCUGCUCUCUUUACAAAACGAGAAGUCGUUUAAGAUCGUCGCUACACCAUCAAGCCGCUCGGGAAAAGGUCAAGGCCUUGCCCGAACUCCCCUUCACCAUUUGUUUUCUAUGCUCUCCGCCCUACCUCCUGGGAUCCUAGAUAGUGAUGGAUUAUUAAACCUAAUCAGGGUUGUUUUCGACCCCUUCGUAAUCUCCCGACCAUCCUCUCAGGGAAAAGUCGACUUGGCACGCGAACUGAUGCAAACAUUACCGGUAGAUAUCCCUUGUUCUUAUGGGCCAUGGAUCUUCGUAUCCGAUAUUCUCUCUCUAUCUCUAGAAAAUAGCCAAUCUAGUCAUCAGACUGCUUCGAGCAGUCAGCCAACGACAAUCGGCCAUGAGUACCGCGAGAUCGUCAGACAUCUCGAAAGGGGUGUUAAAUCCACGCCCAAUCUACCUUGGGAACAGUGGCAUUCGCUUUUCCACCUAUUGGUAACUCGUGUUACUUGCGAAGCAGGCGAGGCUGGGUGUGCUAUCGUGGUUGUGGAACCGUUGGCUAAGAGCCUUUGGGAAAUCACUUCAUCACGCGAAGACGUAACGCCAGAUAACCUGCUCAAGGCCAGUAUCGACUUGAUAGCCACCGCAAGGCAACCGCGAGAUCGGCAAGCACUCGAUGCCGCUCGACGGCGUCUCUGGGGAACGUCGAUUGCCGGGUCGCGGUCUGCUUCUUUUGACCCCUUCGACACCUUUUACCGACUCACGAACCACCUACUGGGAGUCGCGUAUAUUCGCUUCGCGCAGUACGGCCAGGAAGAGACCGUAGCAACUUUGCUUACAGAAGUUACUAGUUAUCUAGCUCGAUGCAAUCCCUCACUCGUAUUGAAAUCUCUGCUUCAACUACAGCACGGUAUUAGCCUCUGGGUUCAAGACGCGGACGCUCAAUAUAGCAGUAGACAAUCCUCGAAUGUGUGCGAAGCUGUUAAAACUUUGUGGAGUCGAAUUUGCACCUCGCUUUUGGACGCAGAUUCGUCUGACAACCUGCAGCUUGACGCCAUCGAGGAACUGUUAUGCGCCGCCUUCCUGAGUAAACACAAGGAUAUCGUCAACGCCGUCUCCGAAAUAUGGAAUCGCACUUUUGAACAAGCGGAAGAGAUAAAAUAUCCGGAAAAGCUUAAGGAAGUGCUCCUUUCCAUCCACUCUUACGUCGAUAUCGUGCUUCCCGGCUUGGAUCUUUCAAUGUACGGGUCAGCCGGACAAGAGCUGUCAUUCAUUGAAUCCCAAGAUGAUUUAGAAGUACCCAACCCAUCUUUAAACGCUGCGAGCCUUCACCAAACUCCCCAAUCAGAACGACCAUCCUCGAGGCGAUCCGCCACACCUGGAUCUGUGCAGCUCUCGCUGCCUGGCGGACGUCGACCUGAUAUUACACCUAAUACUUCUCGGCCAAGAUCAGCUCGGCAGGGAACGACUCCUAGGCCGCGGCACGAUGAUUCUCAGAUACAAUUCGCGCCAAUUGAAUCAUCCUCGCCUAGCCAAGACAUAGCGGAGUCUCAAGCCCUGACAGAUCGUCAAAAAGAGGUCCGCGAGCGGCAACAAGAAAAUGCUGCGAUAUACCCUCAUAUCCGAUCUAGCGCGGAGAAGCGAAAGUCACCCCCUCGCGCAGCUCGGCAUCAAGAGCAGAUGAAUCUUCAGGUGACACGAGCUGCCACUCCGGAGCGUAGUCGCGAGCUUGAAGAUUACGUGUCUUCGACGCCGACGCCAAGACGUGGUCAAGCUCCCAUCAUCGACGACCAUGAGAUGACUGACGAUGUCCCAUCAUCACCACCGGAACCUCGUCGAAAUCUACUUGAGGAAAUGAGACCAAGAUCUAGGACCAAUGGCAUGUUCCCAGAAUUUCCAAUAUCAUCCUCGCCUGUCUCAGGAUCUCCGGUGCCAAAACGACAGCCGACGUUUAUCAGCGAAGCUCGUGCGGGACAAGAAGUUAUAGAGAUUGACCAAGGUGAUGCUAUGGAAACAUCAGAUCAUGAAGAGCAAGAAGAAACACCGAAAGCCAAGCCUAAAUCAGGUCUCGUAAAAGAUACUAUGCGGGAUGCUGUGCCGGACAAGAACGACGCUCAAGAGCUGUCGACACCACGAAAUACUCGUUCGAUGGGUAAGGCACUUGGGUCAUCACCUCGAUCUGAUCGCGAGGUAUUUGUAGAUGCUCUCACCAGUCCAGUUUCCCGAAUAUCGCGCACUCUCCGCAGUAAUGCCGCGGCAAAGAAACAAACUGAGGAAAGUCAUACGCCGUCAUCUCAGCCUAAAGAUCGCUCUUUCGAACUUAGUGACGGAGAAGAGCGAAGCUUUGCACGUCUAGUCGUCGAGCUUGAUUCUAAGAAAUACGAUGCUCAACCGAAGGCCAGCACAGAAUCACCAGAGAAACGACGUAACGCAGAUAAGUCUGAUGUGGUGAACACGGAAUCAAGAAAAACGCGAAGCCAAUCCAAGAAGGAGGAAGAUAGCCAGUCAUCGUCAGUCCCCCCAACAUCAUCCGCAGAGGUGGAGACCCCACGAUCAUCGAGCAAGAGAUCGAAGAGGAAGAGGAAGCGACAGACGGAGAAGAGCCAGGAACCUAGCAGCGCCCGCAAAAAACGAAAACAUCGCAAGAAUAUCGAAACUGGACCUGAAGCAGAGGCAGAGGCCGGAGCGGAAGAAAACGUACAAUCAGCGUCUAAAAGCCAGAUCUCCGAAGGCAAUGCUACAGUUGCGGAUAAGAUCACCGUAGCAGUGGAAGAGGACAUGGAAUUAGACAUCGAUAUGUCUUUCAGCGAGGUACAAGAACCCGCGGCUACGGAGCCGGUCCAGCAAAACGAGCAAGACUCUUCACCUGUCAGCUACGACGACAGUCUCAUCGAACGAGAGUCCGAACGUGAGUCUGAUACGGAAGCGGUCAAUCUGCAGAUAAUCACCGAAGCAUCCCAACAAUCAGAAGUUGCACCCAUUCCCGCCGAAAUAAUGGAUGAGGACAUGCCGGUCGACGCAGACGCAAAGAUGGCGAAUCACGUAGAGGAGGUUAAGAAAAGGAGCCAAGCAGAAGAGGCUGUGGUCCAAAUUGUAGCCGAAGGACCUCGUCACAUUCAACAACCAAUAGUGGAAAGGUCGCAGGCAGAAAGAAUCAUGGACGCCCUGAAGGGUGGCCUCGAGGGUCUUCGUGCGGCAACGUUGACCCGAGAUGAGGUAAAUAAGAUCGAAGAUAUGUUCUUCGACAUCAAAAAAGAAUUGUACGAGGCGGAGAGCCGAGGCCGACGCUAGGUUGCGUAACGGGGAGGUAUAUAUAGGUAUA